AGAAAUGAUGAGAGAAAGGGAAGGGGGGAGAAGUGGUUGUAUCAGCUGAUAGGAACAGCUGACUUGAUUACGUCGAAUGUUGUCGUCUGCUAGGCAUUGAGUGUCAGGAUUCAAAGAGUUUCCUUUAUUAUUAUUGGUAAAUCGUAACAGUUUCCGAUGCAGGCAGUGUACGCUAGCCAAGUGUGUAUCCUGUCUGCUGUGUACAUUUCGUAUUGAAGGAUUGUAGUGUAUAAUUAUUGUGUUAAUGUGUGUUCAGUUUGCUGUAGUAAAGCCAACAGCUGAGCCUUCAGGCAACGGCCCGUGUAGUGUACUCUCUGUGACUGGCCUACACUCUGCUGUGUAUGUCGACAGACGCAUCAGAAAGUUCUGACAAUCGCUGGAACAUAUCGUGUGUUUCACUCGCAUGUUGGACUACAAGGACAAGCAGCUUUGAUAUUAAAUUGAAAAGUGCAGUGAUGCAGAACUAACCGCUUUGAAGAGAAAGAAAAUAAAAAGAAGAAAUAUCAUUUUGAGUCUCUUUUGUUCAGUCUGUUUGGCGCUUUGUAAGCUGACAUCAUGACUGCAGAGAACUCCGCAAAGAAAGAAGAUGGUGGAGGUGGGGACGAGGAAAUCAAGCUGAACGGGCCAGACAAGAUGAACUCCACGGAUCAGAAGCAGAGACUUCUGGACAAAAAGAAAGAGGCCGCCAAAGAUAAAGCCAACGGAGUCAAAGGCCGAAAGAAACGUCGAGGUUCUGAGGACUCACAGGUAUCUCUAGAGAGUAUGGAAGACUACAUCCCAACUCCACCAGAUGGAGGGUGGGGUUGGGUUAUAGUGGCUGCCUCUGUUGUCUGUAAUCUUAUUGUGGACGGAAUCGGAUACAGCUUUGGUGUCUUUCUGUCAGAAUUUGUAGAGGCUUUCAAGGAGAAAAAGAGUACAGUCUCAUUGGUUGGGUCUCUGUUAUGUGGCACAUAUUUGUUUGCUGGACCUAUUGUUAGUGCCAUGACCAACAAGUUUGGAUGCAGGGCAGUUGUCAUCGCUGGAAGUCUGGUGGCCACAGCUGGCUUUAUUAUGGCCACUUUCUCCAAUGGGGUCAUUAUGCUUAUUAUUACUUAUGGAAUAAUUGGAGGUUUUGGUCUAGGCAUGAUCUACCUCCCAGCCAUUGUCAGCGUGGGAUACUACUUUGAAAAGAAGCGUGCCUUCGCCACAGGUCUAGCUGUAGCAGGCUCAGGCUUGGGGACAUUCAUCUUUCCCCCUCUCAGUGAGGUCAUCCUAAACAGUUUGUCCUGGAGAGGUGGUCUACUGAUUAUAGCUGGUAUUAUCUUACAUGGCUGUAUAUGUGGAGCGUUGAUGAGGCCACUCAAGGCGAAGAGACCAGCAAAACCCAAAAACAAGCCAAGAGCUAAAAACACAUUUGAUAGAAUCAAAGAGCACUCCAGAACAAGGAGUGUCUCAGAGAGCAGCAGUGCUGUCCACUCUAUAGCCGACACUAACUUAAUUCUCCAGGGAGUUCUGGAGGCUAAGCUUCACCGGGAGAAAAGACUUCAGGACAACGACUCAGAGCUAGGCUCAUUGCCAAGUGUAGCCUUCGUUAAAAGGCAGGACAGCUACCGUGCUGAGGAGAAUGGCCGCCCUAGUGGACCUGCAGCUAUUUCAACUGACACAAGUAAACAAAAGCUCUCCAUAAGCAGCACUGGCGACUCACUAAUGACCAGCUCACCAGCAAGGGAUGUCACCAGCUCACCUGUGUCACAGACUACUGGAUCGCCAGCAAUGCUGACAGCCAGCUUGGUACAAGAGAAGGAAACUGCUCACAAUGGCAGUGUCUCACCAGACCCAGAGAGUGAAGCCAAAGUGUCUGAGAUGGCCGAGUCAGUAGCUACAGUGGGUUCUGAAUAUUUCACCCCGCCUUUGUCCCCAUCAACCACCACUCCAAGCAGCCCAGUUCAUGAUCAGGAGGACUUACAAGCACAUACUGGCAGCAACGACAACGACAACCAAUCUGAUUUGACUGAUUCAACCAAAAAACAAAGUAAUGGAGCAUUGAUGCUAGGUGGUGAAUUUUCCCCCCUGUUAGAAGUGCCUGCUCCUGUCAUCAAAAUUGGAGGCCAACGUGCUGGAAGCUAUGGUGGCAGUCGAACAAACAUGUUGCACAUUCAGAGCAUAAAUUCUUUACAUGUGUCCAAGAAGGACUUGUCCAGGCCUUUGUAUCGUAAAGAUAUUUUCUACAGCGGCAGUGUGUUGAACAUCCCCCAAUACAAGUCUCAGACUGACAUCAAGAGUUUCAUCACCAGUAUCACCACCAUCCCCGGAGAGAUGGAGUUUGUGGAUGGACCCAGCCCAUCCUUUAAAUGCAUCAACAAGUAUUGCAGCUGCCUGCCUAGGCCAGCACGAGAUGUACUCAGUGAGAUGGUGGACAUUACCCUGUUCAAAGACAUUAGUUUUAUGCUCAUCUGCUUGGGCAAUGUGGCAGCAUUCCUAGGUUUCUACAUCCCUUUCAUGUUCCUUGUAGAUCGCUCUGUUGAGCUAGGUAUAGACAAAUCACAAGCAACCUUUCUUAUAUCCAUUAUAGGCAUUACCAACACUGUGGGGCGUGUCUUGAUUGGCAAGCUUGCUGACCUUCACUUGAUUGACAGUUUGAUUAUAACCUAUAUAUCAAUAGCAUUGUGUGGUGUAGUCACUGCCUUAGUGCCAUUCUGUAACACUUAUCCUCUGCUUGCUACCAAUGCUGCUGUAUUUGGCUUAGGAAUGGCCGCAUUUAUUUCUCUGUCCUCCAUUGUUAUCUGUGAUCGCAUGGGUCUUGAAAAACUGACCAAUGCUUUUGGACUUUUGUCCAUGGUGAGAGGAAUAGCUGGCAUGGCUGGCCCUCCAAUGGCUGGUAAGAUGUAUGACUCCACUGGACAAUAUGAUAUGUCUUUCUACAUUGGUGGCUUGCUCUUGUUUGCUGGUGCUGGUUGUCACUGUUUGUUACAUCUGAGUUGUCUCAGGUCUCAGACUAAAAUCUUGACCUGGAAAGAGAAAAGAACAGAUACAGUUAUAGAUCAGCCAGAUACAAUACUGGAACAACCUGAGUUGGAAGAGAUACUUGAGAUGGCUGGCUCUAAACCAAAGAUUGUUUCUAAAGAAGAGGCCUUGUCAUCUGUGUAAAUGCUUAGUACUUCUGCUGACUUUUUUGUUCUAAGUGAGACCCUAUUCUUUGUUAAGAGUAUCAAAAGAAUAUAAUGAUCAUAAUGGCAUUGAUGGAAAGACAAUUGAUUUGUAAGAUAUGAUGUGCAUUACAAAGAUGAAACUUAUGUUCAUUAUUAUAAUCACAGUUUUUUUACCUCUUUACCUUGAGUAAGCUGUAGAAAAUGAUCUGAGCUAAUACAAAAAUAAAUGAAUAAUGCAACUCACCCCUUACCUAUUUUCAUACAGUAUCUACCAUAACUAAUACUUCUUAUCCUUCACCCUUGAGAUAUCACUUGUAAAGAGUUCCUAAUGUAUGAACUACAUUGUUUAGUGAUUUCCAUAUCAAGUUGUUCUCCUUUAACUAUCCUUGAGAGAGCCAGUAUCUCAAACCUCUUGUUACAAUAGAAAGGCUAUAGGGGCAUAUCAGUAGCUUGUGUUGCUGAUUACACAGCUAAUCAAAUGGAGUUUUUCUUCCAUGUUCACUGCCAAUGUACUUGGACAUUUCAUUAAACUAAAGAAGUGUAUUGUCUUGUUCUUCACAUUCAACAGAUCUGCUACAGACACCUUAGUGUAAAAAUAUAUAACUAGGUUAAAAUAAUUUAGUCCCUUUUACUGUAACUCUUAUAACAGACUGGAAUCUUUGUCUAUUAAAAUCACUUGUUAUGCCUUAAAUAUUAGCUUAGGACUUACUUGCUUCUAAGUAAUGUUUGUUGACUUAGAUCAGACUUACUCUACAAUUCAGAUUGUAUAUUCUCCUAAACAUAUUAAUAUGAUCACUAAUGGUUAUAGUACUAAUCAACUGCACAAUUAAUUAUCAUAUCAUUAUUCCUAAAGCUCAUUCUGAUAACUGCAUAGUGUUUUCUAAAUGUUUUCUUACAUUGUAUAUUUACUUUUGCAUUAUAAAAAGUUGGUAUAUAUUGUUUUGAUUUUUUUUCACAUAUUGAAAAAUUGUGUUGUUUUUUUAAUGAUAGCACCCAGCUUUAUGUGUGUGGUGUGUAUCUUGGUUGUUCUCUUAACUGAAACAUUUCAGCUUUUGUGUAUUUAUCACUGCCAUUUCCUAUUCUUGUAGCUACAUAUGUCUUCAUUACAAAAUAGUGUCCCAAUUACCAAAUUUCUUUUUGGAUUUGUGUUCAGUCUGAUACAUAUUAUUCCCAUGUGUGUUGCCACUAGCUUUCAAAGACUGCUUAGAAAAUAUCAUUGUAGAUAGCCACUAACUAGCUUCAACAUUCCAAUAGCUAUAUUCACAUCUUUUUAGCUAACAUUUUUUUCAUUAUAGUAAGUGACUUUUUUUUUUCAAAAAGGCUGUAACCUUUCUUGUGCAGACAAUACCACUUACCAGUUUACAAGAUGAUAUCAUCAUCCUCAUCACAUGGUAUGCUAGUGAUAUAUUUUGUGUAUCCGAUUUUAUGCAUUUCAGUGUUUUUUAUUAUAGACUCUAUUUUCUAAGUACAACACUAGAAACAUUUUGAAUUACAUAGGCUUUUACUUUUAUUGAUAAUCAAUAAUCAAUUGUGACCUGUUCUUAUAUUUCACAGUUCAUAUAAAUUACAUUGGUACCAGUAUUCUUCUUUACAUCUGGUUCUUAGUUACAUUUAAUGUUAAAAACUAAAUGUACUGGUAAUAAUUUUAUCAAUUUUUAAAACAUUUUUCUUUGUAAUCAAGAUAUAAUUUGAAUUGACAAGACUUAAUAUUUUGGUGUAUUUUGAACUUUAAAUUUGAGGUUACACUUUAUUAAGUUUUACCCUUUUUCAAAUCAUUGGCCUUUAUAAAUAAAAACAAGAAUUUAUUAGGGGCAAAUGAUCAAUGUUUGUGACAUGCAAAUUGUGUGUAAAUAGUCGACCUUUUGUAAUGACCUCCUGUUAUUGUCUUCAUUUAGUCUUCUGAACAGUGUUCUUGUCAUCUAGUCUGAUUAUAUCACAAAGUUGUCUGUUGACAUAAUAACACAUCUAUCACAAAUAUCUUGAUGUGAAACUCCUUCAGAGAUGUUAGAACAGUGAGAACAAACGUGGGCACUAGCAAUAUCUUUUUUUUAAUUUGUCCUUGAAUUUAUAUUUCAACUUUUAUUCAGGCUUUUAGCAUUGUUCCAUUAUUUUCUAGUGUUCUUGUAGAGUUCUUGAAAUGUAUGCUUUUUUAAUGUCCCAAAUUGAUUUAUUCUUUGUCAUUACUUAUUUUAUUGUAUUUUUAAUGAUUUUAGUCUCUACUUUCCAUGUUAAAGAUACAAAAUUUUAGAAUACAAACAAAAAGAACAAACAUUAACAAAAAUAACUUUUGUAUAUUUUUUUUGCAAUAAGUAAAAACAUUUUUUUAAUUAAUAUAUUUUUUUUUAAUUUGUAUGUAAGGUCAUUGGCAUAACAAAUAGUUUUAAUUUUUUAAUUCCUUUUUUUUUUGUUGUUAUUAACAUUUUUAUAACACUGUCAUGUUGCAUCUAUUUUUCAUCAAUGUUGCAUCAGUCUUUCAUAUGAUGAAAUGCCAUUUUUGAUAUCAAUCAUUGUUCAAAAGUAUAGAAAAUUGAGUUAUUGUACAUGGAAGAAAUGUGAAUCAUUGAAAUAUAUUCAAACUUAAAUAAUAUACAUGUCCUGAUUUGACUGAUUGGUCUUCACUUUGAAUAACUGAGUGGAUGGCUGCCUUCUUGUGUGAUAUGCACUCUUGAUGGUUCUGGGUUUGAACCCUGCCCUCCACCUUCCCAUGUCAUCCUGCUGGAGGUUCGAACUAGGUUGUAAAAGUCUUGAAUUCUGGAAAAAUGUCUAUAAGUUACAAGUCAUGCUUAUUUAGUGUUGCAGAUAGGAGUAUUUCAAUAAAAGCCAACAGGAAACAGAUGUGUAGGCAAUCUGUCCAGGCCAUAUUUUUUCAUUUAAUAAUUGUGAGGCUAACUCUUUUAGUGAAUACUAGUUCAAUUAUGGUAGAUCACGAUUACAUGGUAUUAACAUUGUGGUUUAAAUCUUCACAAAUAAUCAGUAUGUUAAAAUUAUUCAAACGAAAAUUAGAGACAGUGAUCUUUGUUUUUCCGUAGUUCAGUGUUGGGAAAUCUACACAAUACAGUAUCCAUCUUUUUGAACCCUUUACAUAAAAAAUUAACAGUUCCUGAGACAGGGAGUGAUUCAGUAUAUCAGGUUUAAAGGUCUGUUUUUGUUGUUUUUGUGAACUUGGUUACUUGAAGUAGUGCCUGACAAUUUUAUACAAUGCAGACAUAAUAGAAUGAUCAAUUCUGAUAUAGUCUACAUAUGUUUGUAUUUCUACAAGUUUAACAUUUUUAUUAUUUGUUCAUUUUGUUAUAAAUAUGAUAGUUAGUUUUUGCAAUAUUUGGAUAUAAUUAAGUUUUUGUGCUUGUCAUGUUUGAAUGUCAGCACAAGUUCAGAUUAGGGAGUACCUACCUUUAUAAUUGCUUCUUCAUUCCCUCAUAGAUAUGAUUAUCUUUUACUUUAUUGGUUUUGUUGUUACAGUCUUGUUUUCAACUUUACAUAUUUUGUAGAACAUUGCCAUUAUUACAUUUUUAUUAUACAGUAAAAAAAACAAUUUCCAUCAAUCUCUAGAUAUUUUAUUUGCUUUUAUUUUAAUGUAUUCUGAGUUGAAGCUUCCAUUUUGUUCUAGUUCCUGGUUUGCUGUCAGAACUGUAGGUUUUAUUUGUUGUAUAUGUUUCAGUUGUUAGUUUUAUUUUCUUAAAGAAUGUGAUUGAUGCUGUUGAUAGUAUGAAAUGUAGUACUCUUUAGCAGUGAGUGAUAGAUGUGUAUAUUUUUAAGCAGGCUAAUGAAAGGAUUGAACAGUGUAAUAAACAUUUACUAAAAGAAUUUGAAAUAAAACAUACAAUAUA